UACCUUGGCGGCGCCUGCGCAAGGCAUACGUCAGUUUCGCCAACUCCCACCGCGCGGCAGAACGUAUUUCUCGGACGUUUUCUUUACGGACGACGGAAACGUCGCCAGUGGUUUUCUUGAUUUUUUGUUUUCAAAACGUGACCUUCAUAUACUUUCCCUAUGGAUUGGUUCAAACUUAUCUGUGCAUAAAUAACAUUAAGUGAUAUUCGUCUACCGUUUUGAUUAUAAUAACAUUAAUGAAAUAUUGAAUAUAGUUACAGUUCAAACACCGGAUAAUUUUGGAUGUUACGCUCCCUUGGACAUCAUGAGGCGGAUGUGCCAGAGCUAGUACAUGAGUGAUAUGAGGUACAAAACCGCCAACACCAUGCGGGGUUCGUCACAGGCUACCGACUAGCUAACACUUGCGCAGCACGUUCUCUACCCUGAGAUGCGGCGGCAGGCUCGGAUUUCAGCCGGCGGCACGCUUGUAGCGCGUUCCGCCUCUGCUUUGCAAGUUUGGCUGUGGUUGCUGCUCUUUGUGUUCCAAAACGAAUUCCGGAUAUCGAGGUCCAUUCAACCUGGAUAUUUGGACUUCGAUAAUCUCCCUGACACAAAUUUCACUUGUGCUGGCAAGGUGAUCGGUGGCUACUACGCGGACCUGGAGACCUCCUGUCAGAUGUUCCACGUGUGCACGGUCGGCCAGCAGGAAGAACCUAUGGAUAUUAAGUUCCUCUGCCUCAACGGCACUGUUUUUGAUCAGGAGACAAGAGUGUGCGAGAGAGUAGACGAAGUAGAUUGUACAAAAUCUGAAAAGUUCUAUAGUUUAAAUUUAGAAUUGUAUGGAAGCACUACGCCACCAAUAAUACAAGCUGAACCAACAAAACCUCAACCAAAAUCAACAGAGCGAACGCAUCUGUACAGUAAACCGAGUAGCACGACGGAAAAUUCAAAUCCGGUAAUAUCUACAACACCAGACAAAUCGAUAAAUCACCCAACAGACCCCAUUGAUUCUACUGAAGAUCCAAUUCAAGAGAGCAAAAAAGAUGAAUACCAAAAUACAUCAACGUAUCCAUCGUCUUCAUCGCCUUCAAAACAACAAGAAAUACAGCAUGUAGAAGAAUAUGAAGAAGAAGAUGACGCUAUAGAUGACGAAAAUUCCGAUUACGAGGAAGAUUAUUCACAUCCACAGACGACAACUACAGUUCAAACCAUCACGACCACAUCUGCAACAACAAAAAGACCUUCUACAAGUACAACGUUGCUGCCAUCAACUAAGCGACCAACUCCUGCAACACAUUUGAUUUCGUCGCCUUCUCCGUCUAUUUCAUCUUUAUCGCCUCCGAUUCACGCUUCGCUAACUCCUUCCGCGGCGCCACCUUCAUCAACUAUAGAUCCGUCACUUUUAUCACCACAAGAAUUUAUUUACCGUCACCGAGGACCAGGAUCGGAAGCAAUAUCUUUUCAACGUCAGAGUUUUCGUCCAGCUGAUGGUGUAUACAUUACCCAUGCUCCACCUCACCAAUAUGAUCACUUUCAAUACGAGUCUUCUAGAACUGCACCACGACCAGUUGUGAAUCGUCCAGUGCCUUUUGUUCAACGUCCUCAACCGACGCCAUUCCGCCCAACUACAAUUGAUCCACGUGAUCAAAUUCUACGUCCAGGGCCAAAUGCUCAGUCUUCUGAAAAACUUGAGACUCCAAUAAAAAUUCGGCCUCAAUCUCACCAUUCGCACUUGCCUGUACAACAGCCUUUGCCGUUCAAUCCUUUCUAUUAUGAUCGGAAAAGAAGUGAUGAUGGGAUCCCUGAGGAUGAGUCAUCGUUAUCUGCUAGAUCUGUAGCGCCACCAACUAUAACAGCCAGAAGGCCGUCUAAACCUAAAAGUCCACCUCGUGUUAUAGUCACGGCUAGUGCAUCUGUAAGUGACAGCAAUGGAAAAAAGUUAAAUUACACUGUUGGAAAUGUAGUCAGUGCUGUCAAGCCAAUAGUAGCGAUUAAUUAUGACGACUAUAAAGAAUCAGAUCUUAUUUUUGAUCCUUUUUUUCUCGAUGUGCCAAAACUACAAUCGCGACGUAAAACUAGAUCAAGCAAAUAUAGAAAGGUUGUUAUUGUUCCUGUACCUGCCCCAAUGUCUGAUAAUAUAAUGUCAGAAAAAAUUUCUCCAACUACGUUUUCUCCAGUAACUUCAAGAGCUACAACUACAAAAUUAUCAUCAACUACAUUGAAGUCCACAACCACUGUAGCUUGGAAUCCACAAGAUUAUGUCGAUGAUAACUACGAGCCUCAUGCCUAUAUACCACCCGUCCCUCCACUAGCAGUGCUAGUGACACAAGAUCAGAUAAAAUUUAAGAAUCAAGAGAGAUCAUCGAAGAACGAUGUAGUGUGGAAAAAACUAAACGAAGUGAAGUCUGCAAACUUUCCAAAAGAGCCAACUAAACUGACGUCCUCUGUAGCGCAUACAAUCUCUAGUCAAAGUGUGGGUACUGAGGCUACGGUGGCGGUCACCUCACCGACUCCUAUCGAGGCGCCCGCCUGCAUUACUUCGCGCUCCACUGACUGUCGGAUUCGUGCCUAAUAAAUAAUAAUAAUUAGCUCACUUAAAACAUAGAUAAGUAGUAACAUAUUUAAAUAGGUAGUUAAAUUUAAUAAUUUUAUGAAACCGUUUACGUCUGAAUCGUUACUUAUUUUUUUAUAUUAAUGGUACACCAGAAAAAUGAAUUAUAUCUUAUACAUACUCCAAAGUUAUCACCAUCAUUCUUAGGACGUAGGCGUGAUUCUUACUCUUGAUUACAGUGUUAAGGUUAAUGCACACAAAGAGACAAAGCGUUGCUUAAAUUAUUUUGUGCAUAGUGUAUAUUAUAUUUAUAUCUAUGAGAAAAUAAAACAAAACGUUGUACAUAUGUAUUUUAAAAUAAACU